CUAGAGUUUUCUGUAAACAUGGUGUUCGGGCUGAAACGGAUCUUGAAAUGGAAAGGGAAGUGGUGGCAAAGCAGGAGGAAGAAAGCGGACAAGGAGGAAUUGCAGCAGACGGAGAAUGAAAUGUGGCUGGAGUACUACGGCCCAUAUCUGCACAUCUGGCCAUUUCGAGAGCUCUGCGCCAGACUGGAGGCGAAUGUCUCCCAGGGUCUAACCUCAGAGGCGGCGGGCAUCAGGCUGGCCCGGAAUGGUAAGAAUGUUCUACCGCUUCCUCUUAAGCAGGAUGUGCGCCCUUGUAAGUUCUUAAAGGACUGCUUCAGCGUCUUGGGCAUCUUCAUACUCCUGAGUUCCAUCGCCUGUUUUGCAAUUUACUACAUAUUUGAGAUUAACUUUGUUGUCGAAGGAAAAGUGGACCCGGAGUUUCUAGUCGCCGGCAUCAUCCUUCUCCUCUUUUUCUUUCUCGCAGGACUCAUGCUCCAUCUGCAGGGUGAUGAUAACGAGGAAAUGUUCGUGACUUUCGACGAAUUGAUGCCCAUGUACUGCACUGUGAUAAGGGAUGGGGAAAAAGAGAUCAUCCUUACCCAGGACGUGGUUAUUGGCGAUAUCUUGCCCAUCAGCUAUGGUCAGCGACUGCCAGCCGAUCUGCGAUUCUAUAGUGCCUCCGGGUUGGAGGUUAAUAACGUGGCUUUGACGGGUUAUUCAAAGCCAGUGCAGAUCACUCCGUUGGCUUAUGAGGGACGGCAGAGAUAUUCCCGAGUUGAAUACAUAAUCUAAUAAUCUUGGUUCCUUUAUCUAAAUUUUUAC